ACUACAUUAAAAAUGCGUUCUUUAAAGAGCAAAGCAAGAAGCAUCGAGAAUCAAUUACCAAGAGCAAAGCUUAGCCAACUAAUUGCAAGAGUUUGAACUGUCAAUGGAAGCCAACGCGCCUCAAAUCGUGGACGUGGGUUCGGUGGUGGAGGCGAUUUCAGCUGAUGAUUUCGACGCUCCCCUCUACGAAGUCGAGAGCAUCUGCAUGCGCUGCCGCGAAAACGGCACGACUCGGUUCUUGCUAACUGUAAUUCCUCAUUUCAGAAAGAUAUUGCUGUCAGCCUUUGAAUGUCCACAUUGUGGUGAGAGGAAUAAUUACGUGCAAUUUGCCGGUGAAAUCCAACCUAAAGGCUGCCACUAUGUACUGGAUGUUCCAUCAGGCGAUAAAAAGAUGUUCAGUCGUCAAGUGGUGAAAUCCGAGACUGCCACAAUCAAGAUUCCCGAAUUGGAGUUUGAGAUCCCUCCGGAGGCUCAACGUGGUUCUUUGUCAACGGUAGAAGGGAUACUGGCCAGAGCUAUCGAGGGGUUGGAGACUCUUCAGGAAGAGCGGAAGAGAGUAGAUCCCGAGACGGCUGAGGCAAUCGACAAGUUCUUGGUGAAACUGAGAGCUUGUGCAUCUGGCGAGUCGCAUUUUACCUUCAUUCUCGAUGAUCCUGCUGGAAACAGCUUCAUUGAGAAUCCGUGCGCUCCAUCGUCGGAUCCAUCACUGACUAUCAAGUUCUAUGAGCGAACACCUGAACAACAAGCGGCCUUAGGCUACGUUGCAGACAUGGCACAACGAGAACCUGGUGUUGAAAACCUAGAUGGCUCGAACAAUGUAACUCUAGCACAAGAUGAGCCACAAGGCUUGGUUGGAGCGAGAGCUGGCCGCCGAGCUAUUGCACAGGGUAACAGUGCAGAAAUUGCAGAUUCUCUGUUUCGAUAUUCAGCUCCGGAAGAGGUCAUGACUUUUCCAUCGACUUGCGGCGCUUGUGCCGCGAGCUGCGUGUGUCGUAUGUUCGUGACAAACAUCCCUUACUUCCAAGAAGUGAUUGUUAUGGCUUCCACUUGUGACAGCUGUGGUUACCGUAACUCAGAGGUGAAGCCCGGUGGUGCUAUUCCCGAAAAAGGGAAAAAGAUAGUCGUUCGUGUGAAGAACGUCAGAGAUCUUAGCCGCGACGUCAUAAAGUCGGAUACGGCCUCUGUGGUAAUACCAGAACUCGAGCUGGAACUGUCGAGUGGCACAUUAGGCGGACUUGUCACGACUGUCGAAGGCUUGAUUUCCAAGAUUGGUGAAAGCCUCGAACGAGUGCACGGGUUCACUUUUGGUGAUAGCAUCAGUGAUGACAAGCGGAGCAAGUGGAAAGAAUUCCAGGCGAAAAUCGAGCAGCUUAAAAGGAUAGAAGAGCCUUGGACUUUGAUUCUCGACGAUGCGCUAUCCAAUUCUUUCGUUGCACCCGUGACCGAUGAAAUGAAGGACGACGCCCAGUUAUCAUUCGAGGAAUACGAGAGGUCGUGGGAGCAGAACGAGGAACUCGGUCUUAACGACAUGGAUACGUCGGCCGCCGACGCUGCUUAUGAUUCUGCUAAUGUUGAACCAAAUGAGAAAGCUAAGGAUGCAUGAUUGUUCAUUGUUGUGUGACCCAAAUUUUUGUUAUUUAUAGUAGUAGUAGUAUGUUUUUUUGUAAGUUGUAGUAUGUUACUGGACAUUGAUAUUAUACAUACUAUGGUUGAAUUA